AUGCUGUCCUGCAGAGGGACCAUUCUGUCGAGUGUUAUCAUGAACAGUGAUUUACGAGGAACUGCGAAUCAAGCAUCAGCAAAAUACUUCUAAUAUCUACUGAAAUAUACAUUCGCAAGCGACACGAUAAAUAUCUCACGGAAAACCGCAAACGAUCCGAUAGCAUGAGCGGGUUCGCCUGACUUCGAACUUAAGUUUGACUGGUAAACGAUUUAACGCGCAGUUGUCGAGCCCGAUGAAAAUGUUCAAAGAGGAUGGUGGCAAGUCUAUCAUAUCUGCAUUGGUCAUUCUAACGUUUUUCUGCAGCGAAACGUCCUCAGAAUGCACCAAAUUAACAACUUGUUCCUGUGCGUUCCCCGACGGUCGGGGUUACAACUUGACACAGCUCAACAGCAUAGGACCUUUGAUGACAUGGAAUGGAAUGAACAACACCUUUUAUUUUCAACCGUGUGAAAAUAUUCCUCUGACAACUAAUGCAUCUAGCGAAUGUUACAAAGGAAAAGGAGUAUCUAUGUGCCUACUAUAUGAAAAUAAUAAUUCUUCUAUCAGCCUUGGAACGGUCGAGGAAACUACUAUGAUUAUAUAUCCUGCAAACUCCAAAAAACUGUCUUCCCUAUUUCUUCAGCAUAAGGAUUAUAACACAACAGUGGAAUUUGUCUGUUGCCCAAACUGUGUCACCCAUUUGGUGUUUGAUAAAGCUAUCAACAUUCACGAUAAUUAUCUACUGUUGGUGUCGCCCCACGUUUGCGAGGUGCAGAUACGCGACAACCACGGGCUCUCUAUCGGUUCCUUAUUGGUGAUUAUCUUCUUCGUAUUUAGCGGAAUAUAUUUUAUUGGAGGCGCGUUGACGUUGAAUCUCCUGAGGGGGGCAACAGGUUGGGAAAUGGUACCAAACCAUAAGUUCUGGAGGGAUCUACCGUCGCUUGUGCGAGACGGCAUCGACUACAUCCUGUGCUGCUGUCACGUCAGCAGUUACGACAGGAUAUAAGAAGUCUCAUCGUAGUGUUAGAAUUCAGUGUUUGAUUUUGAUAGAUUUUAUAUUGUAUAAAUAACAAACUAUGUUUAUGUUUCGUACGUUGCGCAUGUUAGAGUUUAUAGAGGAAUAUGUUACUCGAUGUUUUGCACAGUGGAUUUCACUCUAUCAAGGGAGAAAUGUAUUUUGUACGACAUAUACUUCUCUUGUAUUUUUGUAUAAAGAACAUGUGAUAUUUA